UGACCUCACCCUCCAUUUAGUUCUCAUUUAGUAUGGAAGAAGAUGAGUUCUUUGGAGAAAAAACAUUCCAGCAUUAUUGUGCAGAAUUCAUUAAACAUUCACAGAAGAUAGGUGAUGGUUGGGAAUGGAGAGCUUCAAAGGACUGUUCUGAUGGCUACAUGUGCAAAACACAUUUUCAAGUUAAAAAUGGAACUGCAGUGUCACAUCAAGGAACAUCUGACCAUGUACAGACAUUUCUUCCUGUGGAGGAGGCUUUAGAUGCCCCCCUGGAUGAUUUUGAGGUAACCGAGACCACCGCGGCUGCCGAAGUGAUUAAAUAUGAGUAUCAUGUCUUAUAUUCCUGCAGCUACCAAGUGCCUGUGCUUUACUUUAGGGCAAGCUUUUUAGAUGGAAGACCUUUAGCUCUGAAGGACAUCUGGGAAGGAGUUCAUGAGUGCUAUAAGACGCGGUUGCUGCAGGGACCAUGGGACACUAUUACUCAACAGGAGCAUCCGAUACUUGGACACCCCUUUUUUGUACUUCAUCCCUGCAAGACGAGUGAAUUCAUGACUCCUGUGUUAAAGAAUUCUCAAAAAAUCAAUAGGAAUGUCAACUACAUCACAUCGUGGCUGAGCAUCGUAGGGCCAGCUGUUGGGCUGAAUCUUCCUCUGAGUUAUGCCACAGCAGCCUCUCACGAUGAAGGCAAUGUCAGUGGACAAGAUUCUUCUAUUGAGCGAAAAAGCUUAGAAGAACACUGAGAGUUUAUGCGGCCGGCCCUGGUUUUAAUGGGGCCAAUAUGGUGUGAGAUUUCAGCUCACCGAGAUUCUGACGUGGAUUUUUUUCCCCUUGGAAGUAAAUGUCUGCAGCAACUGAUAUGCUCUAUGUUUAGAAGAAACACUGCAAAGACACAAAUUACUAUAAAUAGCAAAAAAGGCUCUAGUUCAGUAAUAGAAACCAUGACAUCAUCAGGGAACUUCCAGGUUCUUCUCUCCUGUCUCUGAGGCUCAUUCUCUUCAUCUUUGAUUUGAGAAUAACAAGAUACCUCACAAGGUCGCUGUGAGAAGCGCAUGAGAGCCUUAGUGUGUGAGAAAGUAUGGUAAAGUAUUAAGCAAAUAUUCAUUAAAUGGUGACCUUUCUUAUAAUUGAUUGUCAUUCACCUAGUCUGUCAAUAAGUUUAAUAGUAAGGUAUUAAGAUGAACCAUGGAAUGUUUGGUUUGGGGUUGCUGUUUCCUUUUUCAUUUUAACUUGCUAAGGUCUUAAACUAAGAGAAAAACAUAAUCACCUCUUUAGAGCAUCUAGAUUAGUGUCUGUCAGUGAAGGACGCACUUUAGAGUCAUUUGAGGAUCUUUCUCAACUACAGGCACUGGCCACCCUCUGGAACCGCCCCUCCAGGUGAUUCUGAGAUACCUGCUCCUGAAGAAGUUCUGCUCUGGAUGUAACUUUUGAGCUGAAUUUGUUUGUAUUGUUUUGGUCUCCCAGUAGGCCUUUUCCAGUUCUGUGCACAGCUCCUUCAAGCUGGACUUACUUCCUAACACUGUCCAGGGCUCACCCAAGAGACUGGCUAGCAAGGAGUCUACAAGGUACCUGGAGAGGCAGCCCACUUGUGGGGAGCGGUUAGCAUGAGGGGAUUAUCUGCUGGCGAAUCACAGAGGACCCUGCCAGCCCCGUUAGUCUCUAGGUUAAGGGCUGCACUCUCAGGCAGGGAGCAGAAGUAGAGAAGGGGUUAAUUUAAACUGCUGGAAAAGCUAAAAGAAAUUUUAAAACGCUGAGCUGCACAUAUUUAUGCUGGUAUGAGAGCCUGCUUACAUGCUUGCUGGGCAUUUUGGUAUUUACCACUUAACAUCUUUUCAACUUCUGCAAGGGAUUUUUCCUCCCCACACUCCCUAAUGUAAACACAGAUUUCUUAGCAAGUCAUUUCUCAAGCCAUGUCAUUUCUAGGGUUAAAAAAAAAAAAAAGUAAUAAUGUGUCAUGUGGAUGAUGUACUCAUCUAAAAAUAUUAGUUGUCCUUUGUGAACAGAUUCUGAGGUGAUAGUAGUCUGUCAGCUUGGGAGCAAUGUGUAGUUUCUUUUUUUUUUAUUUAAAAUGGUUUUUCUCUGAUUGAUAAAGAUCUGAAAAUUCAUCACUGGCAGAAAAAAAGUUCUGAAGAACUCCUCUAAGGUUGUGGAGACCACCCUUCUCAGUUAGGUCCUUCUCAAGCAGUUCUAUUUCUUUUCAGAAUUUUUUUCACUUAAACUUUUAAUUUUUGGUUGAUAAAAGUUUCCUUUUUUUUUUUUUAAAGAAUGCAGUAAAAUAACAGACUCUUAUCCCAACAGUCAUAAAAUUAGAAAAAUGUUUUGUCAAAGUAAUGGUUCUUUCUCUGUAAUGUGAGAAUUUUUUCCCUAAGGGCUUCCUCUCCAGCUAAAAUGAAGGCGGAGCUCCUUCAGUCAGCAACAAGACUGGUUACAGCUGCUGCAAGCCAGUCUCCUAUACUCCACUUCUGUGUGAUCUUAGUAAACCCAUUUCACCUCUCUGAUCCUCACAUUCUUCAUCUGCACCAUGAGAAGCUCAGCCAUGUGACUUGUGAGGCCCACCCAACUCCUGGGUCUGUGAAAUUGGGAGAACUGAGUUGGAGUUUUGGGGGGAUUGAAAUUUCAGAGUAAGAAUAUGCAGAUAUUCGCUUGGGCAGAUACUUACUGAGUUCCUCUUACGUGCUGAGCCCUAGGCUAGGUGACAGGGUAGUACAUGGAGAGCCUGGACUCGGCGCACACGAAUGCCCAGUCCAGUGGAGAAGACAGACAAGAGGAAGACACAGGGAUGGUAGGAUGUGUGCUGUGGCGGAGGUGUGGAAAGCAAGCAUCAGGAAGAUUCUCAGAAAAAGAAUAUGAGUGGAGCUGUCAAAAAACUCACGAUUGAGCCAGGUCAAGAAUGGAGGAAAGAAAGACCUUGAAGGUACAUAUGGGGAAGUGGUAAAGAGAGACCCGGCAAGCAGGACUGGGGCCAGGUCUGGAGGAGCCUUUAUUGACACACCGGUGAUUUGUAUUUGGCCUGAAAACCACAAAGAGCUGCUGAGGGAAUUCAAGUAGAGCAGUUAAAGUGAUCACAUUUAUAUUUUAAAAAGAACUUGUAUUUUUAAAAUGACUAAUCACAUGUACACAUUGUCAGAUUUUUCACCAGCAGGUACUGGCCCACAGACUUUAGAAGAUACAAGAGUGCAAAAAGGGCUGGGAAUAUGUCAAGGAUGAUCUUUGAUUUUUGCUUAAUACCUUCCAAAGCACAACCUGCCAGUAUCCUGAGAAGUUUGAGUUCUGGCUUGCCAUGUUACCGCGGGCAAGUCACUGCACCUCUCUGAGUCUCUGCUUCCUAACAUAUUAAAUGGAAAGAAGGGUAUUAGAUCAAGUAAAAUCAGUUUAUUGGUUUAUGACCAGUAUUUUUGUGAAACAGAAUGUGCCAAGGAAACAGUCCCUGUGUUUCCUAUACUGUCGCAAUACUAUCAGACUCACAGCACGUCUGACACUAGAUGUGGGUUUUCCACAUAUUGGACAUGUCUGCAACACCAGCUAGGUGUUCUCCAAUUCAGUUCAGCUCUCAUACCAUCUACCUUAAGUUAGUAACAGCUCCUCCAGGUUAAAUGUUCAGUCCCACAAAACUGCCCCACUUGAGACAGUUGCAAGCCCCAGAUUGUCACCUAUAUUUCUAACUGACCAGCUAAAGUCAGGUUCCCAUGACUUCCUCCUUGGGUUUCAGUAAUUUGCUGUAAUGACUCACAGUGCUCAGGGAAACACUUACUUAUGCUUAUCACUUUGUUUAUAUAACAAAACAUGAUAAAGAAUACAGAUGAAGAGCUGCUCAGGUGAGGUCCAGCAGGGUUCCAAGCGCAGGAAUUCCUGUCCCCCUGGAGCUGGGGUGCACCACCCUCUUGCCAUAUAUAGAUGUGUUCACCAACCUGGAAGCUCUUUGAACCACGAACUUUUGGAAUUUUUGUGGAGGCUACAUCACAUAAGCAUGAUCAAUCAUUAACUCCACUUCUAGCCCUUCUACGUUUCCCAGAUGAUAGAGGGUGGGGCUGAAAGUUCCAGGCUUUAAUUAGGGCUUGGUCUUCCUGGUAAUCAGGAAGCUCCCUUCCUGAAGCUAUUGAGAAGCCCAUCCAAGAGUCAACCAUUAGCACAAAGCCACUCCUAUCACCUAGGAAAUUCCAAGGUAUUUAGGAGCUUUGUGUCAGGAACUGGGGCAGAGACCAAAUAUUGGUGUUAGGGGAAGCACACUGAUUGAAACCUCCCACUCUGGCCAGGCACCA